AGCUGCUUCGGCUCCAGCCGGACCUCACCAACAUGAAUUUACUAGCGCGCAAGCGAUGAGCGUCCGCCAUGCUUAUUCCACUCCUUCCAAGAUUGCUGAUGGGCAGGAAGCCGUUUUCAGAUACAGGCAUCGCGGGGACUCCUGGGAAAAUUGGGAAAAGAGCAAGGAAUGCAUUGGGCAUCCUAGACUCACCUGUAUUUUGGUUUGCCCGGUGGUACUGACAACCGUGCUGCUUGCUGUGACGGUGAACCUUUUCUGGAAGACUAGCUUCGACAGUGGGCUGCUUCGCCAACAGACUGCUGAUGCUUUGAUAUUGUCCAACUUCAAUGCGUCAUCCACAGCAGUCCUUACGAUGAUGGCACAUCACCUGCAGGCGACGUCAGCUAGAUCAGCAGUCGAAAGCAUCUCAAAGUUUAUGAGCUUGCCACAGCUAGUUGCGGAGAUCAAUGCGGAUGCUGCAGAGUUGUUGUCUUUUGUGGAGUCCGAACGGCUAAGCCGAAUGUUGAGGACAUCCUGGAAUCAGAUCACACGUCUCUUCGUUGAUGUGGACUACAUCUACUUUGCCGACAGCGACGGUGCCUUUGUUGGCUAUGAGCACCUUCCACAGAGAUUUGUUGAAGAUACCAACGCUCCAACACGAUUCGGGGGUGAGUUUCGGCCUUCGGAUGCAAUGGGAGCUUCGAGCCAAUGCCCAUUGUGCCCACCACCUCAAGCUCUGCAAGCUGGCAAAAAGACUUACUACUUCGUGGAUGAGAGGGGCAAGUAUGUGCAGACGUACAAGAUCAGUGACUAUGACCCCCGUACCCGUCCCUGGUACGAAAAGGCAGCAGCUGCCAAAGGCAAGGUGGUGUGGAUGGACAUCUACAACCACAGCAGCGGCCAUACACUGGGAAUGACGGCAGCCAAAGCAGUCAUGCGAGGCAAUGAGGUGUCUGCCAUAGCUGGAGCAGACUUCACAGUUUCUUACCUGAGCAAAUUCAUGGAUUUUGUCACGGGUACAGCCUUCGAGGAAAGCUUCAUCGUGGAUUCAGAGGGGUUGAUGAUUGCAGCCUGUUCAGGCAUCCAGCAAGUUGCCAAGCGAGUGGCUGUUUUCGACGAUGGCCUGGUAAGACGUCCUUGGACCCAGCUUCCUUAUGGCGCCGUUCAAAGCCCAAUGAGAACUCUACUGAACUCGUACGGCUCCUUGGACGACAUUCCUCUGAAUGGGACGAUGAUGAGCGAUGAUGGCAUGUAUCUAUUCACGUUUAUGCAGGGACUCGCAUCCUUUCAGGCCCGGCAGCGCUGGAUCCUAGUGGUAUCUUGCCCGGUCGGCACAUACAUGAAAGAGUCCUGGAUUCAGCAGGCUUGGGCGGCGCAGCAAAGUGCCGCAGUACAGCAGCAGCUUCAAGUAGAGCUGUCCCAGCAGGUACUGAAAACCAUUGUGACGUGUGCCGCAUUUACACUUCUGGGUGCGUGCAUCAUGACUUGGGUGGGCAUUGCUGUGACACGCCCCUUGAAGAAGAUCUCCAUGGAUAUGCUUUCAAUGGCAAAGCUGGAAUUCCUGCCACAAAGCUACUCUCGGACGAAUUCGAUGCGGGAUUUUGGCGACAGGAGAUCAACAACAAGCUUUGGGAGGUUCUUGUCGGCCCUCGUGGGGCGAGAUCAAGAUAGCGGAGGGAGUAGCAGCAGCGAGAUGGAUGGCGAUCAUAGCGAUCCAGAAUCGGAUAUUGAGGGAAGUAUUGGCUGCAGCGCUACCCCUAAAGAAAUCGUGAACAUACGUGAGUCGUUUGUUUUCAUGGUGGCAGGCUUGAAGUCGUUCGCCAGAUAUAUGGACCCGGAAAUCAUGAGAAUACUGAUUCAAAGCAAGCGACAGGCUCAGCUUGGAAUGGGCAAGGCAGAUGUGACAGUUUUCUUCAGUGACAUUGCAAACUUCACGACCAUAGCUGAGAGCUUAGAGCCCGAAGUAUUUCUCUCAAUGCUUAGUGAAUAUUUGGACGAGAUGAGCAAGAUCAUCAUGUCCGAGCGAGGCGUUGUGGGCGAGUUCAUCGGUGAUGCCAUCAUGGCAUGGUGGAAUGUGCCCAUUGAUUUGGGCCAGGAGCACACAGCAAUUGCUUUGCAUGCAGCCCUGUCACAACAGCAUCGCAUGCGAGAAUUGCGGGACAGCUGGGAAGAGCGUGGUCUGCCUGACGUCAGGGUCCGAAUGGGCCUGGUUCGUGGCACCGUGUUGGCUGGAAACCUGGGAAGUUCCCAGCGCAUGAAAUAUGGGCUGGUGGGAGACAGCGUGAACUUGGCCUCGCGCCUGGAAGGCCUCUGCAAGUACUACGGGGUGAGUAUCAUCAUCGAGGAGGAGGCCUCGCGCGCGCACGGGGUCCGCACCAAGUUCCACCUGCGGCUGCUGGACUUGGUCACCGUGAAGGGCCGCACGGCGGCCACGGAGCUCUACGAGCUGGUGGCCGAGAAGUCGACGGAUGGGGCGGAAGCGGAGGCGGAGGCAUCGGAGGUGCUGUUCUUCGUCCUGGGCUUCCACGAGUGCCACAGCCUCUUCAGGGCGCAGCACUUCGCGGCCUGCGCGGAGCGCCUGCGCCGCUACAGGCAGACAUUCCCGGAGGACGUGCCCAGCAAGUUGCUGCUGCACCGCGUGGAUCUUUUGCUGAGCAAGGGCACUCCCCCGGGCUGGACCCCAGUUCAUGUACUCACUGAGAAGUAAAUGUGUGAACAUGGUGAACCUACGGGCCCAAUGCUGGCCAUGGCUUAUUGCUGGCAGUAUUGGCUUACGAUUUGCCCAAUGGCACAAAGUCUGUCAUUUGGCACAAGGAAGGACGGCUCCAAGGCGAGGUUGCACUGGCAAUGGCUGUCCGCCAUCAAAGAGCCGCUUACAACAAGCGGCCAGUGUGUACCGCCAUGGCGGCCUUGGCCCUGCCAAACAAUGGUGUUCGGCAUUCACGGAGCAAUGAUUGGCGCGUUGAACA